AUGAAGACUCGACGCUGGCAAGAUCGCAUUCAAUGGUGGGCAGCGCGGGUUGGCACGAGAUUCGACUUGGACGUACUACUAAGAUCCUAUCAAGCGUUUUGGAACACCCCCGUCCUCGCUGCAAAACGAGAGGAUUGGGGCGGUGGAAAUGAGCCUGACUACGUAAUUUCUGCUAUACCGAAUGUUCGCCGUAUAGCCUUUUGGAACGCUCCAGAGAAGCUUUUUGCUCUGAUGGCAAAGAACAAUAUCUCAUUCGACACAGUGCAGUUCGGCCAGCUAAACCAGGCACUAACUCGUCUGUGCUCUCUGGAUUCAAUAAUGCAGGCCCUUUUCAAAUUCAACCAGCCGAAAUAUGAAUGUUAUAAACUCGAGAUUUCUCAUCUCAAGAUGUAUCUGCAUGCGAUGCCUGUUGUGUCUCUGGAUUACUAUCUACCUCAAUUAAUGAUGGGAAUCAAUGAUUUCAACGACCUCGAUUGCCAUUUGCCACCAUCGCUUACAUGUGUCUCAGUAUCGGUAUCCCUUCCUGUUAUUGGAGCUCGACGAUCUUUGUCUUCAUUAAUGGACCUCGUGAAGCGGCUGGCGAAUGUUAACGCUUAUCCAGACCUCGAGGAACUUCAUCUGCAGCAGCGAGAUCGUCUCAUUGAUCUCAUUCGUCACGUUGCUUCAUCCUGCCCUCGUCUCGUUUCUCUCCAGCUCAGCGUGGAAAUGAUGCUGAUUCUCGUUAAGGAAUAUGGAGAUUUGUGGAAACACAGCUGGAGAUUAGCUAUAGCUCGAGUAGCAGCUGAAUGCGGUAUGCGAGAUACGUGUGACUUCGGAGUAAACAGUCUUCCGCAUGUUUCUGAUUGCGACGAAUACAUCGUCAAACCUUCUUAUCCUGAGGAUUCCACUAUCGAGCUGGGAUCGUAUGGUGUUGCGGAGAGUGAGGACGAAAUGGAGAGCAGGGAGCAUGAUGCGGAGGACAGCGAUAGUUGUUCGAACGACUCCUUUGUUGUUGAGAGCGAUGAUGUAGACUCAGGGGAAGAGGACGAUGAGUUAGAUCUUCUCGAUCAACAAUUGGAGAGCGAAACGGAUCGGCGACAUGAAAGAUAUGUGAAAAAGCAAUCUCGUGUGCUUUCCGUCUCAUCCGAAGAAGGAGAAAGGCACAGCUUGGAUGAUGACGAUGGAAGUGAUGUGGAAUACAUUACGGACUACGAAGACGAAGAAGAAGAACAGCAAAAUCCACUGAUAGAUGGAGAGGCGGAAGAAGUUGAUACCGAUGAGGAAUCUGAAGAAAGUAUUGGGACAGAAUCAGAUGGUGAAGACAUCGAGCACAGCAGAGAUGAAGGAAUGCUGGAUGGGGAAGCAGAGGAGGUGGAAAGUGGAAUGGAAUCUGAAGACGGAAGUGACACAGAACCAGAAGGCGAAGAUGCUGCUUUUAGCAGCGAUCAAGAAAUGCUCGAAGCAGCGGCUGAGAUGGUAAACGCGCGUCCGAGGCGGAACCAAGGGAAGACUCUCAGGAAAAAACAUAUCAUAGUAUCCGACAGUGAAGUAGGAAAGGUGCAUGUCACGUCGACGUCGGCACUGCGGACGUUUGAACUGUAG